AUGCGGUCUGCAGCGAGGCUGCUCUAUGCCGCAGCAUUCGCAUUUGCUGGCUUGAGCCAUGCCAGCGUUCAUAAUCCUUCACUGGACCCAACCAAGUGUGCUCUCGAACCUUCGGCCAUGGUGUCCGAUGCGUGUGUCUCAUAUGGCGAGAUCAACGGCAUGAACGACAUGGUUUUCACGACGAUAAACUCCCUCACACAAGAAACGGACUUCUUCUCCUACUACCGCCUCAACCUGUUCAACAAAGAGUGUCCCUUCUGGAACGAUGCUAAUAGCAUGUGUGGAAACAUUGCCUGUGCCGUGAACACCAUUGACUCGGAGGAGGAUAUCCCGCUUACGUGGCGGGCAGAAGAACUCAGCAAACUAGAGGGCCCCAAGGCGAACCAUCCAUCCCGCAAUAUCCAAGCUGAGCGUCCAAAAGAACGCCCUCUCCAGGGAGAGCUGGGUGAAGAUGUCGGCGAGAGUUGUGUGGUGGAAUACGACGACGAAUGCGACGAACGGGACUACUGUAUCCCCAAGGACGAGGGUUCCGCGGGAAGGGAGACUACCGAAAACUGCUUCUUGAAGCCGGUGGCCGAUGAGCUGGACGAGCAGUCGCUGAACGUCCCGAUGGGCGGCCUCCAAGCAGCCUCUGACUUCCGGAACGUGCUACACAAGGAGUCGCAGCGAGUAGAAGGCCUGCCGCUGGAUAAUGAGUGCUUGGAGAAGCGGGUUUUCCACCGGCUGCUGAGCGGCAUGCAUGCCUCCAUCUCGACACAUCUGUGCUGGGACUACCUCAACCAAACCACAGGCCAGUGGCACCCCAACGUGCAAUGCUUCAAGGAACGACUCCUCGACCACCCCGAGCGCAUCUCAAACAUGUACUUCAACUACGCGCUAGUGUCGCGCGCCGUGGCAAAACUCCGCAAGCAUCUGGACGGGUACACAUACUGCGCCAGCGACCCAGGGCAAGACCGCGAGACCAAAAAGCGCGUCAACAAGCUCACCGCGACCCUGACGGAACUCCCCCAAAUCUUCGACGAAAAGAUUAUGUUCCAAGACCCCAACGCCCUCGGCCUGAAAGAGGACUUCCGCAACCGCUUCCGCAACGUCAGUCGCCUGAUGGACUGCGUCGGCUGCGACAAGUGCCGCCUCUGGGGCAAGCUCCAGGUAAACGGGUACGGAACCGCACUGAAGGUCUUGUUCGAUUACGACGAAACUAAGAACGGCGAGAACCCGCCCCUCCGCCGCACCGAGCUGGUCGCCCUGAUCAAUACCCUCGGCCGCAUCUCGCACAGUCUCGCUGCUUCGCGCAGUAUGCAGCGAGCCCUGCUGACUGGCACCACUCACAUGUUCCCCGUUCACGGCGCUGUGCCCUCCUCCCACCACGCCAACGCCCUCGGCAACAACAGACGCGUGUUCAGGGACGGCAAUAACAACUUCUACCUCGAAGGCGAAGGAGUCGAAGACGAAUAUGUGUAUGGCCGAGGCGAGGCGCCGGAGCGGUACCCCUGGGAGCGCAAACCGCGGCACCCAGACGAUGGCUUCCUCGAGGAUUUCAUGACCGAGUGGAAUAUGAUCUGGGGUACUGUUGGGUAUAUCUGGCAGUCUUGGAUGGACAUCCCAUAUACACUGUUCCAAAUCGGCGCAUCGGAAUUCAUCCGACUGUACAAUUACUGGCUCGGAUUGCCGGUGCCUCCGCGCAUGUGGAAGCUGAAGACGCCCCAGCCGCGUCCGCACACCCAACGUGCUGCGUAUGCUAAUCGUGACGAGUUAUGA